UUAAAAUUACUGAACUUAAAGAGAAGUAUGCUAAGGUUAAGGCUGAAAAGGCUGAACUUGAGAUUAUGAAAAAAAACAGCAAACAUAAAGCUGAUCAUACAAAACUUAAAGAAGAUACUACUAAUCUCAAGACCAAAAACACUGAGCUUGAAGUUGAAAUAGUGAAAUUAAGAUAUGAUAUUGAGAAAAUCAAAAAAAAAGGUCAAAUCAUUACUAAUAUACAAAAUGCAUUUUCUACAGAAGAGAUUUUGUUUACUUUAUCUGAUGCUUCAAAUUCUAAUGAAUUUAAUAAUGUUCCAAAUUCUGAUGUAUUCGAUAACACUUACAUGUCUAAUAUUAAAUCUAAUAUCUCUCCCGAGCAAAAAAAAGAGCAAGAUUUAAUACAAGAGAUAUUAAUUUUCAUUAAUCAGAAUAAUAUAACUGAAAUUUCACAGAACAAUAUUCGUCAAAAUCAUGUGAUUGAAAUUUUUCAGAACAAUGUUCAUCAAAAUUAUGUGACUGAAAUUGUUUCAGACCAAGAUAUUAUUUAUUUAUACCAAAAUGCAUGUGAUGUAGAAAAAGAUACUAUCAAAGCUAAUCAAAAAGAAAUAUUAU